AAUUCCAUUUGGGAGCAAGAGCUAUCUACUCCUCCGUUACCGGCCUUCCCACCAUGGAUUGCCAAGAAAAUGAGUACUGGGACCAAUGGGGACGGUGUGUCACCUGCCAACGGUGUGGUCCUGGACAGGAGCUAUCCAAGGAUUGUGGUUAUGGAGAGGGUGGAGAUGCCUACUGCACAGCCUGCCCUCCUCGCAGGUACAAAAGCAGUUGGGGCCACCACAGAUGUCAGAGUUGCAUCACCUGUGCUGUCAUCAAUCGUGUUCAGAAGGUCAACUGCACAGCUACCUCUAAUGCUGUCUGUGGGGACUGUCUGCCCAGGUUCUACCGAAAGACACGCAUUGGAGGCCUGCAGGAGCAAGAGUGCAUCCCGUGCACGAAGCAGACUCCCACCUCUGAAGUUCAAUGUGCCUUCCAGUUGAGCUUAGUGGAGGCAGAUGCACCCACAGUGCCCCCUCAGGAGGCUGCACUUGUUGCACUGGUGAGCAGCCUGCUAGUGGUGUUUACCCUGGCCUUCCUGGGGCUCUUCUUCCUCUACUGCAAGCAGUUCUUCAACAGACAUUGCCAGCGUGAGAAAUUGAUUAUUUUCCCUGAUCCAGUACCAGGUAGCCUCAAUCUGAUACCCGAAUGUGCAGGAGGUUCGCUGAAGUUUCAGGCUGAUAAAACAGCAGAGGAGGAAUCUCUCUUCCCCAUGGCACCCAGCAAGGAGACCAGUCCUGAGUCCCAAAUGAGUGAGAGCAUCUUUCAGACCCAGCCACUUAACCCUAUCCUCGAGGAUGACUGCAGCUCGACUAGUGGCUUCCCCACACAGGAUUCCUUUACCACGGCCUCCUGCGCCUCAGAGAGCCACUCCCACUGGGUCCACAACCCCAUCGAAUGCACAGAGCUGGACCUGCAAAAGUUUUCCAGCUCUGCCUCCUAUACUGGAGCUGAGACCUUGAGGGGAAACACAACCGAAAGCACUGGAGACAGACUGGAGCUCAAUGUGAACUUUGAAGUUCCCAGCCCUUAA